AUGGCUUCUGCCCCGCCCCACGCCACCAACCCCUCAUCGCGCAAGACCUUCACCAUUGGCACGCGCAAGUCCAAGCUUGCUCUGCUUCAAACGGAUCUGGUUCAAGCGGCGCUCAAGCAAACAUGGCCCGACUAUGAGUUCAAGAUCCACUCUCGAGAGACCGCCGGCGACCAGAACACGACCAUUGCGCUCCGUGACUUCACGACCAAGAACCUGUGGACCCAGGAACUGGAGGACCUUCUGAUUGCUGGCCAGGUUGACUUUAUUGUACACUCUCUCAAGGAUGUGCCGACUCUCCUCCCCUCCUCCUGCACCCUCGGCCCCAUGAUGAAGCGCGAAGACACAAGAGACGUCCUGGUAAUGAAGAAGGGCCUUUCAUACAAAAGUCUGGCCGAGCUGCCCGAAGGCUCCGUUGUCGGUACCUCCUCCAUCCGUCGUACCGCCCAACUCGCCCGUCGCUACCCCCACCUCAAGGUUAUGGAUGUGCGCGGUAACAUUGGUACUCGGUUGUCGAAGUUGGAUGCAGAGGAUGGCCCAUUCACGUGUCUCAUCCUGGCUGCGGCUGGCUUGCUGAGAUUGGAGCUGGGCGAUCGUAUCACCAGCUAUCUCGACUCGAAGAACGGGGGAAUGCUCUAUGCUGUCGGUCAGGGUGCGCUCGGCAUUGAGAUCCGGAAGGAUGACCAGCAGGUGCUGGACAUGCUACAGAACAUCGGUCAUAAGGAGACCACUUUCGCUAGUUUGGCAGAGCGCAGCCUUCUGCGUACUCUUGAGGGUGGAUGCAGUGCGCCGUUGGGUGUUGAGUCCGAAUGGGUCAAUGGUGCUUUGAGGAUGCGCUCCAUUGUGGUUAGUGUGGAUGGUAAGGAGAGCGCUGAGGUUGAGAUUGAUGGGGCUGUUGAUUCGCCUCAGGCUGCGGAGGAGUUCGGUGUUACUGUGGCUAAGGCGUUGGUCGAGAAGGGCGCCGGCAAGAUCUUGGAGGAAAUCCAGCGCAACAAGCAGACUGCUUAG